GUGGUAGAGGCAGGAUGAAUUCUGAUAGCAAAAUUUUAAAGCCACUACCACAGUAGUUUGGUCAGACGUGUGUAUGAAGGAUUUCUGGUAUCAGGAUGCAGACUCCUGGACUUGUUUUGUUGAUUGUGCUAACUGCACUAACUGACUUGGAACAAGCUGAAGCACUUUACAGCAGGCCUGUCCUAAAAAUCUUGCCCAAUGCCUCAAUGUGGCCUGGAGAGGCUGUGAUCCUUCAGUGCCUGGUACAAACAAAGCAGCCCCAAGUGCACUUGAAGUAUCGCUUCUUCAAAGACUCAAAGGAGCUCCAGUACACUGGAUCUGUAGAAAGUAUGAAGAUCGCUGCAGCAGCACCAGCCAGCGCUGGGAACUAUCAAUGUGAGGCAGAGUAUGAAGAAGAGGGUAUGAAGAGAAUCAGUGUUCCUGUGGUGCUUAAAGUGGAACAUCGUAAAGUGAAGCCUAUACUGAUGAUGAAGGACAGAAAAUCAAUUCUUGUACCCUGUGAACACUUCAUAAUUAAGGAAGGAGAAAGCUUCAGUCUGAAAUGUCAGAUCCCAGGUGACAGUACUGGAUGGCAGUACAUUUGGCACAAAAACAUCGAUGAAGGCCUUCCAGCAGAUGGAUGCCAGAAAUAUGGCCUUACAUACUCAGUGAGCUUUGCAAAGCCAAUACACUUCGGAAAAUACCGGUGCCAGGGGCGGCGGGGCGACUUUUAUUCAGACUUUAGCGAGCCUAUCAUGGUCAAUAUAACAGAAAACAUUUAGAGAAGACAUCAUAUGACUGAGCAGCAGAGGAUAUGACAUCUUAAAAGUACUGGCCAAGGUGGAAGAAAUAAGAAACAAAAAAAUAGACCAUUAGAACUAGGAGUCAGUCUAUGUACAGCUGGAGAGCAUCUUUUUUAUGAUUUUGAUUGUUGCAUUAUCUGUUCUGAAGCCUAAUGUUUAAAGCAUCAACUUGUUCUGUCCUCCAUGUGUCUAAGACAAAAUGCAUAGGAAUGACACUUCGAGUUACUAAUUUGCAUCUCUCAUGCAUUGUAAUUAAAAAUAAACAUAACCUUAACAAGUUAAGAAAGAAAAGAAUUCU